GUGUGUGUGUGUGUGUGUGUGUGUGUGUGUGUGUGUGUGUUGGUUUUUGUGAUUUAUGAGGACAUUUCAUAUGAAUACACGCCACACUAUGAGGACAUUUUGUAUUACGAGGACAUAGCCGGUGUCCUCAUAAUUCGGGGAAUGUAGAAGUGCUCCUACAGCUAUAGGGAGCUGAAAUCCAAAAUUUCUCCACAUGUCUUUAUAAUUCACAUUUACCUGAAUUUGUGUAUGACGUGUGUAUCGGAAGUGCGUCCCUGUAGGCCGGACUGGGUACUGCGCCUCCUCAUUAAUUAUUAAUGCCUGUGUAUGAAAUCGCGGCUUCUGAUUGGCUGACCGCCAGAAGUCCUCUUAAUGUUGGGAUUUGUCAAACCAUGUCAACACACAUUUAAAACAACGACGGUAUUGAAAAAGAUAAAGUUAUAAUAGACAUUAACUGCUACAUUUACUUAUCUUUAAAUAAAAAAAACACUGCACAUAAACCCUCUUCUACCACCUGACCCAAGCCUUUCCUGCUGUGGAUGUCUCGACGACCACGUGCGUAAUACUCAUCGUCAGUAAGAAAAUGGCAGGAAUAAGGCCCAGGAGAGCUAAAAAAAAACCAGAGCAGGAGGCUGUGUAUUAUGCAUCAAUGUGUAAAGACAAGGGUGGAUUUGUAUCAAAAUAUAUAAAUUCAUUCAAAGGUCGGGGAGUGUUUACCUCUUCUCACUUUCAUAAAGGAGAUUUUCUGAUUGAAUAUCGAGGAGAUGUCAUAAAUAAAGAAGACUAUGAAAGAAGACUCAAAUUAUAUGACAAUGCGCUCGAAGUGUUUUUAUUUGAAUUCCGUUUUAAUGGAAAACAAUUGUGGGUCGAUGCUGCCAAAGAAGAUGACUCUUUAGGGCGUCUUGUGAAUGAUGAUCACGUGAACCCCAACAGCAAAAUUAAAAUUAUUACAGUGGACAAAAAGCCCCAUCUGUGUUUAUUUGCUAUAAACGACAUUAGUCCUGGGGAAGAAAUCAGAUAUAACUAUGGGGAUUCUGAAUGGCCAUGGAGAUACCAGGUAACGUCCGAGACUGAAGAACCUGCCUCACUCGUCUGUGGAGAUAACAGAAUCCUGUGUGUUUGA